AGACUGAACAGUUUGUCUUGAAUGGUCCCAGCUCACUAAACUCUUGAGACAGUGAAAUCAAAACCAAUCCGACGUAGAACGCACAGUUUUGUUUUCCUCCCCUCUGCUUGACUUUCGUUUUCUUCCUGUUCUCCUCGGCUUACCAGAGGACAGGCUCUCUGAGUGUCUGUGCAUGCGUGCGUCCCAGCGGUUAUAUUAGCGUUGAUCUUUCUCUGGAGCUCUCGUCUGUCUGCGCGUCCAUCAUGAACACACUCCCAGCGUACUCGGGAGCCAGGAUCUCAGGCUGCUGGGCUCUUAGGGCAGAUGGAAGUGGCAGUGGGGAAGGCUCUCUGGACAGGCUCCUCCCAUCCAUCAGCACCAGCCUGUCACCACGCAAGCGGACCACCAGCCAAUGCAAAUCCGAGCCUCCACUGCUGCGGACCAGUAAGAGGACCAUCUACACCGCCGGACGCCCACCGUGGUACAAUGAACACGGCACCCAGUCCAAAGAAGCUUUUGUUAUCGGGCUCUGUGGAGGCAGUGCCUCAGGCAAAACUACAGUUGCUCGUAAAAUCAUAGAGGCCUUGGAUGUUCCUUGGGUCGUUCUUCUGUCAAUGGAUUCAUUUUACAAGGUUCUGACGGCCGAACAGCAGCUGCUGGCUGCUAAUAAUGAUUACAACUUUGACCAUCCAGACGCCUUUGACUUCAGCCUGCUGGUGCACACUCUCCGCAAACUCAAGCAGGGCAAGAGCGUGAAGAUCCCGGUGUAUGACUUCACCACACACGGACGGCAGAAAGAAUGGAAAACGGUGUAUGGGGCGAGUGUCAUUAUAUUUGAGGGCAUCAUGUCAUUUGCAGAUAAAGAGCUGCUGAAGCUGCUGGACAUGAAGAUCUUCGUGGACACAGAUUCUGACAUCCGGCUGGUACGGAGGCUCAGGAGGGACAUCACCGAGCGCGGCCGGGACAUCGAGGGAGUGAUCAAACAGUACAACAAGUUUGUGAAGCCAGCCUUUGAGCAGUACAUCGAGCCCACCAUGAGACUGGCAGAUAUCGUGGUGCCUCGGGGUGGCGGUAACAUGGUGGCCAUUGAUCUUAUAGUGCAGCAUGUACACAGUCAGCUGGAGGAGAGAAAGCUCCGCUGGGAUAUGGCGGCCCUGGCGUCUGCCCAUCAGGCCCAGCCCCUUCCACAGACCCUCAGUGUUCUGGAGAGUACACCGCAGGUCCGCGGCAUGCACACCAUCAUCAGAAAUAAAGAGACCAGUCGAGACGAGUUCAUCUUCUACUCCAAGAGGUUAAUGCGGCUCCUCAUCGAGAGAGCGCGGUCCUUUCUUCCAUCACAGGUUCACAUUGUUCAGACCCCACAAGGAGAAGAUUACGAGGGCCGAACCUUUCAUGGGAAGAGGAUUACGGGUGUGUCGAUUCUCAGGGCGGGAGAGACCAUGGAGCCCGCGCUUAGGGCCGUGUGCAAAGACGUCCGCAUCGGCAAAAUCCUCAUCCAGACCAAUCAGGACACAGGAGAGCCGGAGUUGCACUAUUUGCGUCUGCCCAAAGACAUCAGCGAGGAUCAUGUGUUUCUGAUGGACUGCACCGUGUCCACCGGAGCGGCUGCCAUGAUGGCCAUCAGAGUUUUGCUUGAUCAUGACGCUCAGGAGGAUAAGAUCCUGCUGGUGUCGCUGCUGAUGGCUGAGAUGGGUGUCCAUUCUGUGGCCUAUGCCUUCCCUCAGGUCAAAAUCAUCACCACCGCCGUCGACAAGAAGGUCAACGACCUGUUCCACAUCAUCCCUGGCAUAGGAAAUUUUGGGGAUCGUUAUUUUGGCACGGAUGCACCCCCCGACUGGAGUGAUGAUGACAUGGACGAGCCCAGCUGCUGACCGCGUGUCACGAUAAUCACGCCUCAUAUUUGUACAUUCUGAGAGAUUUUUAUACUUUUUGACACCCCCAAGCUGAAGUAUUUUCUGUGAAGGUUUUUAUUUAUAUUUUAUUUUUAUGUGAGCUAUUUAAUUAUCUAAAUCACAUGCAGUUGAUGCAUUGCCUUAUGUGUUUGCUGCCACUUUUGUAAUCUGCUGUAGUAGUAUUUUUGGCAUGUGAGCACAGUAUGUUUGGCAUACAUGUCACUUUUAUUAUUGUGCUCCGUAUCAUGCAGCAGUCGAGCACUCAAAGUGCCGCCUUGCUGCACUAAGAAAGUGAAUUUCUUUGAAGGACCACUUCUUCGGAAAAUAUGUGUGGGCGUUGCUUUCUCGCUUUACCUGCAGACGGCUGCUGACCAAACCACAGGCUGUUAACAAUUACACUUUCACAACAGAGCACUGCAUUCUGUACAGAAACCUAAACAUUGUAACAUUUUUCUAAAAUCCUGUGCACACAUUUUGACAGCUGACAGCAUGUUAAAUGUAAAAAUGAUCUCUGUUGUAGAUCAUCUCUAAUCAAAGGACAUUGACUUUUAGGACAUUUUAAGUUUUGUUUUUGAUCUUUGUGAAAAGCUUGUGUUCUGUGAUGAGUAUGAUUGCAUGUUUUGUUUAGUUUUUUUGGACUCACAUAAGUGCAAUGUCUUCCAUCUGUCCAGUGAGUCUAUAGCUGCCUUCACCAUAUAUGGCUGACAUCUGCUUGAUGUUUGCUGUCACAUCAAGAUCAUUACAAGAACAAAACUAGCCCACAGGAAGUGUUGGUGUUUGGCCUGAAAUUCAACCAAAUGAGCGUAAUGCUUGCUCUUAUUAUGGAUGACGCAUUGAUAUAUCUUUGUUUUAUCAUUUUCACCCACUGAGAAAAGUACCUAGCCUAAACAAAUGAGUUCAUCAUAGAACUAUAGUUGUACGUGUGUCGUUUAUUAGAUUUUUACUGACUUGAAAUUUAUAUUUAUAGUUAAACAAACAAAAAAGAAAGAAUAAAAAACAAACAAUGUUGUAUUAAUGUGAGAGCACUGAGAUCUGCAUUGAUAAAGUCAAGGCCUAGUGAAUGUACCUGCCGUGACUUUUGCUCCACAACAGGAAUAAAAGUCUAUGAUUUGGGCCGAGCUAUUUAUUUUAUUGCAUUGUCAUUGCACACAUUCUGGAAUACUUCAUUCUGAUUGGUCAGUCUGACAUGUUUGUGUAAUGACUGCUACACUGUGUAAUUGACUGUUGUUCUAGAUAACAGUCUUUCAUAUCCACAGUCUGUCUCACCUUGCAUAAUAAAAUCAUUUCAACUCAA